CCACCAUCCAUAUCUCACAACGACUUUAACAAUUCAUUUCAGCUUCGUCCAAUCCUCUCUUUGACGAAGCCGUCUGACCGAUCGAUAUCUCGACCAGUUAACUCGAGAUAGCCGUGACUCUCGUACGCUUAGGAUCUCGACAAAAUCAAACACAAUCUUACAGCCACCCGAGCCUUUAAAAUGUUGACCACAACCAACACCACAAGCCUCCCCAACAUCCUCCUCAUUGGAGCAACCGGUCGCACUGGUCGUCUUGUUCUCGAGUCAGCUCUCACUCGCGGCUACAAAGUUACCGCUCUCAUCCGACCUUCCUCCGCUCUGCCUUCUCAUCCCUCCCUUACAAUAUCCAAAGGCUCUCCCCUCGAAACCGGUGAUAUCACCACCGCCUUGACCACAAUCAACGGUCCUGUGGUAUUAAUCAGCACACUCGGCCAAACACGAACAUCUGGGAACCCGUUCGCCGCAACGACUUCUCCACCUCUUUUCAUGUCGGCCUCCGCAACCGCAGUAGCGGAAGCCAUCAAAGGACAACCUGCCGACAAAGUCAAAAAGGUCAUCAUCAUGUCAAUCGACUAUGACAUAUUCGAUAUGAGACAGACGCUUGAAGAUCAGAAUGCUGUGGACAAGAUUAUCAAGGAAAGUGGGAUGGUGUUCGUUAUGCCUAGACCCGCCAUGUUAAAGGGAGAUACUGCAUUGUCGGUCAAGAUACUUGGCGAUGCUGGGGAGAAGUCUGGGUUCAUGCCAUCUGUCAGCGCGAAAAGCGUUGCUGAGUUCAUAUUAGAUGCGACUGUCAGUCAGGAGUGGGAUGGCAGGACUCCUGUCCUUGCUAAUUGAGCGGC